GCACCAUCUAGUUGGCUUUGGGGCUGCCUUCAUCAAGGUUCAUUGUCUGUUGGCGGAUCAGAAAGCAGGAAGGAAAGCACAAUUGCUGUGUCCGAACAUAAUGCUACCGGAAAUAAUGUACAUACUACAGGAAGUGGGCAGACCCGUUUCCCUGCAGGAUAUUUGCACCCGACUGGACGAGCUUGGCACAGCAAAAUGGAAGUCUAAGGACGAUUGUUCCCGGUCCGGAGCAAUCUUUAGCGCACUGGACCAGGGUAUCGAGUUCGGGUUCAUCGUGGGCGAUAACCGGCGCCGAACGUUUAAGCUCGGUGUUAACUAUUUUCGCUUCGAAAACUAUCACUUCAACAACAAGCUGCAGAUGCUGAGCGACGACAUAGCCCAGUACGGGCUGAACAAAAUUCUUUGCAACAAGGAGCACCUGUUCCAGUCGGACAUCAGCGAUGACAGUACGGAGUUUGGCGACGAGGCCGCUUACGAUACGGACGAUGAGCGUACACCGACGCCGAAAAAGAAAAAGAUUAAACUGGACGAAACGGCUUCGCGGGGCCGUGCCAAGAGGCGAACUUUUUCGGGCGGAUCUACGCCAAAGCGAACCUCUAAAAAUGCAAAAUAAACGAAUGAAUUAAAACCACCGAGUAUGUAUUGCUGUGCUUUUGCAUUGUGCGAUUUCUCCUCCGCAGCAAGCAUAGCAACCCAGUUGCCAUGGUGAGUGCUUGAAGGGAACCGUUCGCUGGUACCAUUAAACAGUCGACGCUUGAAAGGCUUUCGCAACAUGUCGUCCGAUAGCAAGAAAAUUAUACAGGUGCAGCUAUCCAACAUUGAGCGCAACUACCGCACGCUACAGUCUCAGUACAAUUGGCAACCAAUGUCGGAGACGU